AAAGGCGGGCGCAUUAGAAGUGCAAGCGCGCAGCCACUCCGGCUGAGGCGCUUUUGGGGGUCCGGCGGUUUUCCUUGCGUUUGCAGCGCAUAUCUGAGCGCCUUCCCUCCCUUCCAAUGACCGAAGUGGAGACUGAGUACCUGGACGGAAAGGGCAAGCAGCACAGUGAGUUCGUGGAAAGCUGCAGGGCAAUUGUCGCUCACGCUAGUGGAACACACAAGACGAACGCUGUGGAGUUGCUUAACAUGUCGACAUAUGAGCCGCAAAUGUAUACGCACUAGUAUAAAGCGCGCGACAAAUUUGCUCAGCAUAAGAACUGAAGCCAGUCACUCCAAUCUACUAGGAUAAAGCGCAUGACAGACUUUUUUGGUCAAUGUGAGAAAUGGAGCCUGUCAUGCUACUUUGCAAAAGUAACACACUAGUACAAAGUGCAUGACAAAUAAUAAUCAUAAUGGUUUCAAUGUGCCCAGCAGCAUGAGAUAUGGAGCUUGAACCUGUCACGCUAAUUAUUUGCUUUGGGGACAAGAUUUGUAAUGCAGGGCUUGCAGUGAUACGAGUGCGAUAGUACUUUUGCACAGGAUACGACAAUGCGGAUGUUCUAUCGCAUUGGAAAAGUAGCGAGAUUAUUAACCGAGUAGUGAAAGAACACGAGGAAGCCGAAGCAUGAGUAAAAGGAGCAAAAAGUCCUUCUUGUUGGCGCCACAUUUACACCAGGCUCGUGUAGUCCUCGCGUCGUGU